AUGUCUGCUAAUCCACAAACCUCCAAACUCUUCAUUAAGCGUCUUUCUGAAUUUGCUCAACUCCCUACCAGAGGUUCUACUCAUGCUGCUGGUUAUGAUUUGUAUUGUGCCCACGAUAAAGCUAUUCCUGCUCAAAGCAAGGUGCUGGUUGAUACAGACAUCUCGUUAGCUAUUCCUGAAGGCCACUAUGGUCGUGUCGCUCCUCGUUCUGGUUUAGCUGCUAAGCAUCACAUUGAUACUGGUGCUGGUGUCAUUGAUGCCGAUUAUCGUGGUCCUUUGAAGGUAUUGUUGUUUAAUCUUGGCCAAGAAGACUAUGAAGUCAAGCGAGGUGACAGAGUGGCUCAACUGAUCAUUGAAAAGAUCUCGACCCCUGAAGUCGUUGAAGUUGAAUCAUUGGAGGAAUCUGUUCGUGGUGCUGGUGGAUUUGGUAGCACAGGCUAUCAAUAA